AAAAGAAAGUCAGCCUUAAAAGAUGUUAGUACCAGGAAAGAGAAUCUGAACCCAAGGUCAGCAAAGGAACUGGUUCACUCAUCACCGAAUAAACCUGUGAGACGCUCAGCCACUGACUCAAUUGAGCGAUCAAGCAGUAAUCUAAAUCAGAAGUGUUACGCAUCUCAUACUAGUCAACUUUUGAAACAUUCACCUGUUGUAACCCUUAGCUACAUUUCAAUUCAUGGUGGGGAUGACCAGAAUUUGGAACUCAACACUAUUGCCUCUGAUGACCCCAUCACAAAGUCCUUAAUCCAAUCAUCAAGAAUGCACAACAAUGUAAAUAAUCAUUCACUGAAAGUAGAACGAUCUAGAACAACAUUUGUACCAAGUAAAUCAAAGUUAGUGAGGAAUGAUAAACUCGAGAGACUAGACUUGUAUGAAACAGUGCAGAAAGAUGCAUUCCAUUCCAACUUGGAUAACAGACCUCAGACCAUACCAGAUCUCAGAUUGCAACAUUCUCCUGGUGAUAAAAGUGUUCGUCUUCCAAAACCAAAAGCUCCAGACCCAAGUUACUUAGAAAGCAGUCGAGUUUCCAGUAUUCCUUCAAAACUGCCUCUCACACAUUCUUUGCCCAACACAAAAAUAUCUAUGGACAAAGGAAUAUGGUCUACAGGGGAAAGAAAAACUGAACCACUGAGCUUCUACUAUCAUCCAGAGAAAAGGUAA